AAAAUCUUUGUUUUUGCAGGACACCCAGCAGCACAUUUUGCUAUAGUUUUUCAGUGAAUCUCUCAGAGUCUCAACCACUUCAAGAGUUUGUGGCAGCCACAAAAACGAAACUUCUGGAGUUAUAACAACUGCUUUCAAAGUACUAAAAUGGCAGGAGGAGAAUUUCUUGAACCGGCUUUGGAGGAGAAAGUUAAUAUUGCAAGAAGAGAUCGAAAUGAAAUCUUAAAAGAUAGAUUUGGGCGCCUGUCAGAAGCAGAUCAGAGUCUGUUUCAAUCUGGAUCUGUCAUCCUUUCAUUAAACUCAAGCUUGUGUGGCUUAGUAGCCAACACUUUAGUUAGGAGACUCCUACAUGUUACCCAGGCUCCUUUUGCAUCCGGUUUGCCCAUGGUGGUCCUACCGUUCAUCUCAACUAUGGUCGUUUACGAGGCAUCAAUUAACCAGCCAUUAAUGGAAGGUGAUUUGAACUGUGCAACCUGUGCUUGGAUUAGAGGUGGUGCAAUUGGAGCCUUUGUUGGCAGUGCAUACCCUAUUUUUCUAGCUUUUCCGCUCAAUGCAGCUCUUGCAUCAAGGUACAAAACAUCUCCCAUGCCAAGUAAAGAAAACACUUUCCAGUACUGGAAGUCAAUUUGUAAACCAGUUUUCAGCAAGAUGAAAUUUGCUAUUCUCCUGCAAAUUGUCUUUGGCACAUAUCUGAGCUCAAAGCAUCAUGAAAUAUAUUUGAAGAUGUUGCAGCAGCCUGCACCUGGAAAGGAUCCUGAAGAACUCGAAUAAACCUUGAAACUGUA